CAGACCCUGGAAGAUGGCUCAGCACUACUUAUGGAUCUUGCUCCUUUGCCUGCAAACCUGUCUGGAAGCAGCUGGAAGCAACACAAGCACCCUCACAGUGAAUGGGAUUCUAGGGGAUCCAGUUAGUUUCCCCUUGAAUAUCCAAGAAUCACAGAAAAUUGCCAACAUCGCUUGGGUGAAUUCCAAAACAUCUGUUGCUCUUGUAGUACCAAGAGACGCAGGAACAGCACCCCAAGUUACUGUGACCCACCAAAAUUAUCAAAAACGAAUAAAUGUCUCACAUCAGAACUAUGACCUGGAGAUCAGCAAUCUGAGGAUGGAAGACGCAGGGAUCUACAAAGCUGACAUAAAUAUAAAAACCCCUGAAAUGAAGGAAUUCACCACCAUCACCAGGAGCUACAACCUUCAAGUCUAUCGUAAGCUAGGGAAGCCAAAAAUUACUCAGAGUUUAAUGACAUCUGUGAACAGUACCUGUAAUGUCACACUGACAUGCUCUGUGGAGAAAGAAGAAAAGAAUGUGAUAUACAGUUGGAGUCCCCUAGGGGAAGAAGGUAGUGUCCUUCAAAUCUUCCAGACUCCUGAAAACCAAGAGCUGAUUUACACGUGUACAGCCCAGAACCCUGUCAGCAACAAUUCUGACUCCAUCUCUGGCCAGCAGCUCUGUUCAGGUAUCGCAAUGGGCCUCCAUACUCGCCAUGUGGGGUUGCUGAGUGGAUUGGCUGUGCUCUCUCUGUUUAUACUCAUUCUACCGUCAGUGCUUUUGUUCCUUUUGUGCAAGAGAGAACAAGAUGCUGUCUCGAAGAACACAAUAUACACAUAUGUAAUGGUUUCAAGAGACACCCAACCAGAAGAGUCCAGAAUCUACGAUGAAAUCCCCCCAUCCAAGAUGGAAAAAACCAGCACUCAGGACAGCAAACCUUCUGGUACUUCAAGCUAUGAAUUUGUGAUCUAGGCUGCGGGACAACAUUCUCUCCAUGGAAACUGAACUACAGCCAUCGAUAAUGGCAGAUGCCCCGGACUUACACUUGCUCUGCCCAGAUCUUACCUGGAGUUUGCAAAUCACCACUUCCCAACAUGUAAGCAAAGCAGGAAACCCUUUGCUGUUGGGCAUAGUUUGUGCCUAGAUAGGCAAAUGAACAUGUGCCCUUUCUGAAAUGGCUGCCUUCUGGGUGAAUGGCAUACUGCUUCCCAACCUUCUUCACAUCACAGCACAUGUAGAAAAUAUUGUCAUUGCACAAUGGGGUAAAUAAUCAAGAUUGCUCAUAUCCAGAAGUUGCAUGUAGCUAGAGACUUCUUGUGACUGCAGGUGAUGACCCUUCUCUGCAACACCAUACAGAAAAAGAAUCAGUGUUUUGCACACCUGUAAUACCAUGGCACACUACCUAGGAUGCUCUGCUCACACUCAGAAUACAUAAGGAGUCCUGGUUUCAUGGCUUCCACCAGUUCACACAGCACCUUGGGUACAUUAGGCAAAGGCACCUUUCCUGAAGCAGAUGCAGCCCCUCGCCCAAGUAUGUGGCUUGGCAAAUUGAGUGUGGGUUGCAUUUCAGCCUCCACUUGGCCCUUUGCCCAAGAACCUUUGUUUAGGGUACAACUGGCUGGACCAGUGCAACGAUACCUGACCAUGUGAGGGGAAGCCAUCAGGGUUGUGGCUGUCGGCAAUGCAGACACAAUGAUAUGUUGGAAAAUGCUUUCUGUAGGGACUAACUGCUGGAGCAUUUUACUUCAGGCUCUACUUCAGAAGCCUCAUAAGAUUUUUUUUCUGGCCAAACUUUCCUUCUGUAUCACUCUGUGAUGGUGAAUCUUAUGUGUGAAUUUUAUGAGGCCACAUGUACCCAGAUAUUUGGUUAAACAUUACUCAGUUUGUGUCUGUGGAGGUGUUUAUGGAUGAGAUUAACAUUUGAAUUGGUAGAUUGAGUAAAAGCAGAUUAAUCCCCUUCUUCCUGGUGGGCAUCACCAAAUCCAUUGAAAGCCUGAAAUAGAACAAAAAGGCAGAGUUAGGGAGAAUUCAUUCUCUCUCUCUCUCUCUCUCUCUCUCUCUCUCUCUCUCUCUCUCUCUCUCUCUCUCUCUCUCUCUCUCUCCCCCUGCUGUCUUCCAGCUGGGACAUCAAUCUUCUCAUGACUUCAGACUUAGGCUUGAACUGGAACUUAUGCCAUCAGUUUGCCUGGCUCUCAGGCCUUUAGACUCAGACUGGAACUAUGCAAGUAUACCACUGCCUCUCCAGACUCCAGAUCUUGGAAUUUCUCAUUUCUCAGUUUUCGUAACCACAUGAGACAAUUCCUUAGUCUGUUUUUUGUGGUUCUGUUUCUCUGCAGAAUCAUGCCAAUAUACAGUCCAAGCAGCCUCAGCAACAAGAAAAAGCCAUACCCAAUACCCUAUUCUCCAAAAGGAAUUGACAAGCUAUAUUUUUGGCACUUUAGGGAACUGAAUAUACCCAACCAUCAAAACGAGACCUUGAAAGAAGCAAAGUCAUUCUCCAGAGGGAAUUUGGGGAAAUGAUGUUACAGAUGAUGAAACUUGGAAUCACCCUAGUUCCUAAGCCUCUGCCCAAAGAGUCACGGAGUUCUAGCUGAGAUUAGGUGCCCUCCCUGUCCCCUGCCAUGGCUGAGCAGAAUAGUCAAGUGAAUGUUUGAAGAAUUGCUUCCCUUAUGAGUUAGCAGACAAAACCAGUUAGAUCCUAAAUCCCCUUGAAUAAUCUCAGGCUGGACAGCAGAAAUAAACUGCAUUUAGGCAGAAUGAGAGUGUUAGUCCCAGUGAAUGGGUCCAUAGAACCAUCUAGCCUCAACUACUAUUAACAUUGUGUUGGGGCUGCAAGACCCCCAAAGUAUGGGAUGAGCAUAACGUCUGCCCUGGGAUAGCUGAGGAACCAAUUCCAGUACAGACACUACAAUUCAAUCCUUAACCACAUGCUGCCAGGAGUGGCACGAGCUAGCACAGUCAGAAAAGACCUUAUGGGGGAGGCAAGGCUAAAGCUGGGCCUUGAAGGAUGAUAGAUGGGAUUUGGCAGAGAAUGAAGAAGACAGAGGGCAUCUACAUGACGAAAGCAUGAAUAACAAUAACAACAACAGAAGAAAAACCCCACAGGCCUGGAUCUAUGUGUUGUAUUUGGGGCAACCUCCCAGAUAUAUCAUGCAUGUUCACAGUUCCUUGCCUAUGUAUGGCAUAGUGCCUCAGCUAGAAUGUGUGCCCCAUCUCACUAUCCAUUUACACAACCUUCAAUGCCCAGCUCAGAUGUCACCUCCUCUAUGAAGCUUUCUUGGUAUCACUAGUCAAAUAAUUAUGGCUCUUUUGCUCUUCUUUUCUCCCCCUUUGGUCCUUCAAUCACUUAACUCAUUUCAUUCUGCCUAUGGUAUAGACAAUUAUUUGUUUCCCUCUGUAUCGUACAUUACUAAAGGGAAAGAUCCAUGACUUCAUGAUCAUGAAAAGGUGAUAGCUUUAUUAAUCUCUGCCUCCACCAUCAGCCAACACAGUGCCUUGUAUCCUGCUUGUGAGCGAUAAAUGCUGUUGCAGAGAAUUGAAAGUGACCAGCCAGCUCAAAUAGAAGGAACAUAUUGGAAGUAUCAAUAGAUAAAAGCUGAUGAGUACAGUGGAAUAAAAUUAUGGCAAACAUUAAAUAUCAGGAUGCAGACAGCAGGAGCUAUUCCCAGCGUAAGGGCAUUUUGGAGGGAGAAGACUUUCAGAAUUAGACAGACCAAAAAGAAGUCAACUGAAGCAAUGAACCAGAUGUGAGGAGGUGAAAGGUAGCUACCCUAGGGAGAGACAUGAGGAAGAAAUAGACUCUUGGUGAUAAAGGAUGGAGAAAUUCCAAAGUGACACUGAACAAGCUGAGUUUCUCCUAAAAUAAAAGCACUCCUCAACUUUACAUGAGUUGAAGGACCCCUCUUGAACAUCCUCAUUCUCUAAACUGCUUCUGCCGCUCUCUGGUGUGCUCACUCAGUCAAAUUCCUAGUGUCCUAAUGCCCCAGUGAAAAGUGGAUGGGUGGGGGUGGUAGAAAGAAAGAGAAAGAAAAGAAUCAGAGGCAAGAGUUUCUUAGGUUUUCCAGGAGAACAAAUCUGGGAUGGAACCAGUGCACAGUAAUUCUUAGAAUUCUUAAAGUGGCCUUUGGGACUCAGGACCACUGUGUUCUUAUCUCUUAUUUUUUCUUUCCUAUGUAUCUUCUGAUUUAUAAAGAAGAAAGCUACUCACCCCAUUUCCAAGGCUCAGUUCUCAGAUUCUCUUUCUGUAAAAUGAGUGUGAUUUUAUUUCCCCAUCCACAGCUUUCCAGACAACCAGACUAUGACCAACAGGUCUAUAAAAUCAAAAUAUCCUUUCAACGGAAAGGAUUUGUGUGAGACCAAAGAUAUGUCAGUUUUGUUGAAAUGUGUUUACGUUGAAAUCUGAGGGGCAGGGCCCUCUAUUGGAAAGAGCUGGUAAGCCAGGACAGUCCCUCUACAAGUCACUGUGGGCUUUGCCAGAGAAAUGAGAAGAUGAGAAAUGUUGCAGCUCAUGCUUCUCAGAAAAAGAAAGUGAAGCUGAUUUAAAACAGAAUUAAAGAAAAGGAAAAAAAGCUAUACAACACUCUAAACUACCCAUCCCACAAAAGAAGAGCUUGGCUGGAAACUGAGCAGGGAAGAAAGGAGCCUGACCGGUCCAAUGUCAAUAGAGAAUACUUCUUAGGUUCUGCCUGGAGAAAAGAAAUGCCUAGGCUAUGUUUUCUCUCAGAUCCAAUGCUUUACUUCUGUUUGACUUUUCCCUGAAUUUCCCUUGAUUUGCAUUACUUUCUCAAAAAUAUUAAUGACAGUCUCUACUAGCUGUAACAUGAAGCUUGAAAAAAGAAACAAUAGAAAGAAGUAUAAUGAGGGUCACAAAUGUAGGCUCUGAUGCUAGAGUGCCUGGGUUUGAAUCCUGGUUUCUCACCAAUUUGUGCCUCAGUUUGCCCAUCUGUAAAAUAGGGAUACUAACAGUUCCUAUUUUGUAGGGAUUAAAUAAGGUAUUACAUGCCUGCACAUGGUAAAGCCCUGCAUCACUGUGUUAGCUGUUCUUAUAGGCCUGACAUCUUCAUAGGAUACUGAAACAAACUUACGAAAUAAGGCUCUUGCAACAGAAAUGCAUCUUAUAUUAUGCUAAAUUAAUGUUGCAUAUCAAAAUUUUAACUCUCAAUCCCCCUAACUCAAUGUCGGUUCCUUGUAUUAUUUCACUUACCGCUCUACAAUCUAAUUACCUGCUAUACCUGUCUCCCCACCUAGAUUGUGAUAGGAAAAUUGGGUACUUAUAUCACAUGCUUUAAGGUCCAUCUCCCUCCAGACAAAAGCUUUGUCUUAUUCAUCUUUUCACCUACAGCACCCCAUCACAGAAGCCGAGUAGUAGAGCUUAAUAAAUAUUUGUUGAACUGAACUUGGAUUGGGACCCAGACUUCUGGAGAAGAAGGAUACUAGAAACCACUUUCAGAAUCUGGGUCUAGGGAAUUGUAGAGUAGGCAUUGUCUUAGGCACCCACAGUGCCACCUAGAAAAAAGGAAUAAAAGGACCUGGCUUCUGAACCAUAGUGCAGGGCUUCAGUAUAUUUUGUAAAACCAUGAAGGAAAAAUGACUUGGUAAGUGGUGGUGUUUGAGAUAGCAAACAGAAGCAUCUAAAUCUGACACCACUUCCUUUACUCCUUGCUUAUCAAAGAACUACUCUGAACAACUCUUUGCAGAUAAGCUUGAACUCCCAGCUCCCCCAACUCCACCUCUUUAUUCUCUUCUUGUUGAGCUGAAAUUGAACCACUACCCUGAAGAAUUUUAGAGACCCUCUGCAGAAAUUCUGUAAGCAGAUACUGGAACUACUUGAGAAAAUAAAAACAAUUUUGGUGGUGUUUUUCCAUUGCUCUCAGAGGUUUGGGCAAAUUUCACUUAAUUUAAUCUACACAUUAGCCCUAGGAUUCUCCCUCUGCCUGAAAUGACGUACCUCCCCCCUCCUUUCCCUCACUACCUUUAAUACACAUCUUUACCUAUUAAUGCCCACUCAUCCCUCAGGGUGCAGCUCAAAUGACCCUUCCAUACUUUGCUCUCAUUGUACUACCUCUUUCCUUCAUAGCAGUUUUCAAAUUUUGUCUUUAAAUGUUUCUCCUGUGAUUAUUUGAUUAGUGUCUCUCUUUCCCUACUAGACUAUGAGCUCCAUCAGGACACAGAUCAUGUCUGGUUUGGCUUACCAUUUGUAUCCACAGUGCCUGAACAUGUGAAAAUUACAGAAGUCCUCAAUGUAUAAUAUUUUGAUUAAUUAAUAAAAAUGCAACAGUUCUUACAACUUCUGCCUUACCUGGAAUGUGACAAUCUUUUGCCACAUGUCUCAGUGACAAAGCUAUUUACUCCAAGUAUAUUCCCUUAGUAAGUUUCCAAACUUUGGAUAAAAAUUCAAUACAAAAAUAUUGACUUCAUUUCCUGUGCAGAAAACAUAGUUAAGAGUUAGAAAACAUAGAAAAGAGUUAACAUUGUAGGUCUAAGACUGCUGUCCCUGAAAGGUGUACUUAACAAGGUUGGCUCUUUGCUGGUGUCUGGGAACUUGGAUUUUGGGAGAGUUAGACUAUUCACUGAUAAGAGUGGUUUACUGAGCUUAAACUGUUUGAACAAACAAUUUGGUUUGUGCUGAACACCUCCUUUUCUUCUAGGAUUCUGGAAUUUUGGUACGUGCUAGACAGGCAGUACCUACAUUACUGAUUGUUAAUAAAUACCCUAGAAUCCUAGGCUCGGGCAAGCUUCCCUAGUAGACAGCAUUUCACAUGUCUUGUCAUGACACAUUGCUAGAGGAAUUAAGCACAUCCUGUGUGACACUACUGUGAGAAAACUCUUGAAUGCUUGUACCUAGCUUUUU